GUCCUUCUCCCCCUCCCAGUGCCCCCGCUGCCCGCACGAUCCUUAAAGCUCCAUUGCUCCCCUCGCCCCGCAUCUCCUUCCAUUUCGAGCACACACACACACACACACACACACACACACACACACUUCCUUGGUUCUACAGAGCGCGCGCCGCGGCGGGAGAAGCCCUAGCCCCCCCGGAGGAGGACGGUGCGCGCCUGCGCGGUGGCCCCAGCGAUGGCGGCGGCGGCUGCGGCGGGGGAUGGCGGUGGUGGUGGGCCUGAGGAGGGCGUCGGCGAGAGCUCGUCCCCGCCUCGCGACCCCGCGCCCGCGCCCUCGCCCUCGCCUGCUGCCUCUGGUGGGAGCGGUGGCGGCGGCCGCGGCGGGGGCCUCCGCGACAUCUGCCGCGAGGUGUUCGAGCGACUCGUCAGCGAUGGCCACGCGGCGGGCUCCGAGCUCCUCGCCCAGCUUGAGGCCCACUUCAAUCGGCUCCCCAUCAGCUACAAGCUGGAUGUGAAUAUUGACAAAGCAGAGGACGUGUUAUUCCAUCAGAAAGUUUUGGCGGAAGCGAAGGAUCCUGAUAGGCGUCCAGCGUUUGCUGUCCGUUUCCUCAGGCUUGAAGAGGUAAAUGUGGACGAGACAACUAACUCUGAUGCACAUGAAGAAGGGGCUGAUAAUGAUGAAGCUCUUUCUACCAGGUCAAAGACAUACACACACAUUCAUGAGAUACUAUUCUCCACUAAGGACAAACCCAAGCUCCUGAGUCAGUUGUCUGCUUUGCUUUCUGACAUCGGACUGAACAUCAGGGAGGCACAUGUGUUCUCAACAACAGAUGGUUAUUCUCUUGAUGUUUUUGUUGUUGACGGUUGGCCCAUCGAGGAAACUGAUGGUUUGCAUAAGGCACUAGAAGCAUCAAUUUUGAGGAAUGAGGGUUCAUGGUCUGGCUCUGAAUCCUCAGCUUCCGAAAGAUCGCUGCCAUUCCUAGCACAGGAUUGUGAAACAGAUAUUGACACAAGACUUCUUAAGAUUGUAAAGAAGGUUGCUUCUGGAUCUUGUGGGGACAUGUUUCUUGGGACCUACAGUGGUGAGGAGGUUGCUGUUAAAGUUCUUAAUCCUGAGAAUUUGAACCAAAAUGCAUGGAGUGAAUUUAAGCAAGAAAUCUACAUGUUAAGGGAAGUUGAUCAUCCGAAUAUUGUCCGAUUCAUUGGUUCAUGCACAAAGCCACCUCAGUUUUACAUAAUUACAGAGUGCAUGUCUAGAGGAAGUCUGUUUGAUUUCUUGCACAAUGAGCAUAAUGUGUUGGACCUCCCAAUACUUCUGAAGUUCGCACUAGAUGUAUGCCGUGGGAUGUCCUACUUGCAUCAGAAAGGCAUUAUACACAGAGAUUUAAAGUCUGCCAACCUUUUAUUGGAUAAAGAUCAUGUUGUUAAAGUAGCAGAUUUUGGUCUAGCUCGUUUUCAGGAUGGAGGGGGUGCUAUGACUGCUGAAACUGGGACCUAUAGAUGGAUGGCACCUGAGGUUAUAAAUCAUCAGCCCUAUGACAACAAAGCAGAUGUCUACAGUUUUGCUCUUGUACUUUGGGAGCUCAUGACAUCCAAGAUUCCAUAUAAUACCAUGAGCCCCCUCCAAGCAGCUGUUGGUGUGAGGCAGGGAUUACGGCCACAAGUUCCAGAAAAUGCGCAUCCCAGGCUCAUAAGCUUGAUGCAGAGAUGUUGGGAAGCUAUUCCGACUGACCGCCCUUCAUUUGCGGAGAUCAUUCCUGAACUAGAGGAUAUUCGAGCACAAGCGCAGCCUGUUACAGAGAACAUCAGGGGAGACGAGCCAGAAACAGAAGGACGACGGCCCAGGCAGUAGUAAAGAUUGAUUGACCCUGUGCACAUACAUGUUGACAAGUUCUCUCGUCUGAUCACUAACAGCUGAGAAAGUAGCAUAUCAUCAGUUUUGAUGCCAGAGAAAAGAAUUUUUAAUCAAGUUUUGUCUGCAACUCUUGGGGCCAACGGCCAAGCUCUUGGUAUUAUCCUUGCUUCACACUCUCAGGUCCCAUUUUUCUUGCAUAGGAGGAGGAAUAUCUUUGAGUUGCGGCUUGAUAUAUGUGAAUAUUCCAAUGAGAAAUUUACUGCUGCUCGCCACGCAAAAUAGCACGUUUGUCGGGGCUUGUGGGUUUGUUGAGUUUGCAUAUUGAGGUUUUCAUGAUUAUGUCAGGUGUUACGGAUGCCUGUAGGUGACUGGUUCUGGGAGCGAGGUGCCUCCAUGCUAAGGUUCUCCUGACUUCCGGCAACCACGCCCACGAUGAUUGGUUCAUAUCAGUUGCAUAUUUCCUGCAAGAACAGGAGCGGUGCUAUGCGCAUCGGUGUUUACAGCAGCUAAAGAAUUUUGUAACUCCUCUCGAGUCUCGAUUGGAGUUGCCUUGAUCUCGAUGUGCAGAUAAGCCUCAGGAUGUCUAAACCUGACGACGAUGAGUUCGUACAUAUGAUGUUCUCGGUCUUCAUUUUUCUCAAUCAAAAAAGAAAAUGGGAUGAAUAGGACUACAGGAGAUACUGAUUGUACCGAGGGCAAAUUUGUUAUUAGAGCAUCUGCCUCCUAGUGUCCGUCAGUCGCACACCUGUACUUACUGAUAAGGACAAAAUGGAAUCCUAGUCGUGCUGGCUGUUUUGGAUUGGAUAGGACACCACGAGCUGUUAAGCUUUGCAUCAGCAGCAGCAGCAUCUUCCUGAAUAGUGCUCACGGCAUAAGGAGGGGGGCCAGCAUGGGAGAACAGAACACACACUGUUCCAGCAUUGUUAACAACAAUCACUUUGGACCAAUUAGUUCUGCAA